UACCUACAUUAGACCAUUGGUAGGAGGUAGGGAGACACUGACUUUACCAUUGCUAAUAGCUGCCACGAGUCCUUCUGCCUGAAGUUCAAAGCUGGGGAUGUCAGAGGAGUGUUGAAGUGACCCAGAAAAGUGAGAAAAGGAUGACACCAUGUUCUGUUCCCAGUCAUCAUGACCUGGACGAGCCUGUGUAGCUGCGGACUUGGCCGAUGACAGGAAGACCCUGGCAAUGAAAGCAUCUAGAAGGUUCCAGUGACAAUCUGGUCUGACCCUUCCCAGCUCCUGGCCACACACUUCAGGACAGGCAUGGCCCUGUUAUUCCUCCUGGGGUGUGCCUUCUUCCCACUGUGCUUUGCUGUCUUCUGCUGGGGACUGCAGAACCAAACCAGUUUGCGGAUGGAGAGGCAAGAGGCCGUCUUGGUGGCGUCCAAGCUGGUGUCCUCUGUCCAAGCCAUCAUGGCCUCCACAGCUGGCUACAUAGUCUCCACAUCCUGCAAGCACAUCAUAGAUGACCAGCACUGGCUGUCCUCGGCCUACACACAGUUUGCAGUUCCCUACUUCAUCUACGACAUCUAUGCCAUGUUCCUUUGCCACUGGCACAAGCACCAGGUUAAAGGGCAUGGAGGAGAAGACGGGACGCCCCGAGCCCUGGGCAGUACCUGGGCCGUGGUGCGUGGCUACCUGCACAAGGAGUUCCUCAUGGUGCUCCACCACGCGGCCAUGGUGCUGGUGUGCUUCCCACUCUCUGUGGUGUGGAGACAAGGCAAGGGAGAUUUCUUUCUAGGCUGCAUGUUGAUGGCCGAGGUCAGCACACCUUUCGUCUGCCUGGGCAAGAUCCUCAUCCAGUACAAGCAGCAGCACACAUUGCUGCACAAGGUGAAUGGAGCCCUGAUGCUACUCAGCUUCUUGUGCUGCCGGGUGCUGCUCUUCCCUUACCUGUACUGGGCCUACGGGCGCCACGCUGGCCUGCCCCUGCUCUCAGUGCCCAUGGCUAUCCCGGCCCACGUCAACUUGGGCGCUGCGCUACUCCUCGCACCCCAGCUCUACUGGUUCUUCCUCAUUUGCCGCGGGGCCUGCCGCCUCUUCCGACCCCGAGGUUCCCCACCACGCUCUCCUUGUCAGACCCAGGACUGAGGCUAGGCCCUGGAACCCCCCACCCUCCCUCCCCGGCCCCUGUGGAGACAGUGCUUUGGGGCUAAUCGGUGUGUGUGUGGGGGGGUGAGAGCCAGGAGUCCCUUGCCUUGACAGCCCCAAGACAGAUGGACUUAGAAUAAGGAGGAGCUAUAUACCCUUGGGAGCUGAGGUCAGAUUGGCAGGCAGGAAGAGAGGGGACCGGGACGAAGAGCCUCUUCUUGCCUCUGUGCUAACAAAAUGAAAGGGAAUGGGAGGAGAUGGGGCUCACUGGGACCAAGGAGUCAUGGGACAUGGGGGUGGCCCCGCUGCCAAGGACAUCCUAGCCCUGCUGCUGCAAAUCCCUCUCUGCUCUCCAUCACCCGGGAGAGAGAAGACACCCUAACUCACCCCAUAUGGGCCCUGAGAGGGCAGGAGACCCCCACAGCUCCUUCCUGUGGAGACCAAUCUGAGGAAUCUUAUUUAUUUAUUCACCCACAUCAAACUAAUUUGUUGGGGUGAGGGGAGGGAGGCAGUUGCUCCCCUACAACCCUUCCAGCGCUGAGCAGCCCUGGGGGCAGGCGCCAGGCCAGUCCCUUCUGUCAGGGGCACAUUUAGCCCUCGGCCCCGGCUUGUCCCUGGUGCUACAGGCCAAUCGCGGCUUCCUCCAGUCUGGGGGCCACAGACCCCGGGAGGUGCUUUUACAGACCGCUAAUAAAGACGAUCUUCCUGAACGCCA